UCUAACUUCUCCGAGUUUUCUCCUCUUAACUUUGUUCGGUUUGUUAGAAUGCUUGGCAAGUUGAAUCCCCUGACGAAAUCACACAAUCUCCUGAAUCUGGGCAGGCUAAUCCACACAGCAGCCCAACCAUUGUGCCUUCGUUCAGCCAGUGGGCAGAGGAGAUUUUGCGGAGAUGCUGUUGUCUACGCGCAAUCGACGGCAACGGCUAAAAGUACUGCAAACGCCAGCAGCGCUGCGUCCGUGGCCAACCAGACUGCUGCCAGCAACAUGCUCUGCGAUCAGCUCAUCGCCUCCCUUCGCGCCUCCAUCGUGCCAGGCUCGCGCGUGUCCUGCGGUGUGUGCCGUGUGCCGGCCGCGGCGUUGACGCUGUAUUACGGGACAGACCGUAUUGCCAGACGGAUUUCCCUGCAGCGCGCCACUCCCGAUGAGCUGGAGCUGCUGGCCGGCGCCUGUGAUCCCGCUGAGGAUGUGCUGGACGCGUCCUGCCACACAGCGGGCCAGCUGCAUGUGGACGCUUUCGCCAGCAAACUGGACGUGGAGCAGGCGGGGCUGCUGCGCUGCAUCAGCAUGGACCUGCUGUCGGAACAGCAGCGCGGCCAGACCAUCACAGCGCAACUCUCCCACAUGAGGGUCUACAGGACAGGCGGCUUCUCCCAGCCUCCCCGACUAUACCGCGCGGCGCCACGGCCGACAGUGGCGCUUGACGCAGCCCGGGCGCUGGCCGCUGCGCAGCAGCCCUCCAUCGCCUUCAUGGCCUUCCGCAGCGGUGUCCAUCACCAGAUGCUCCCGGUGGAGAACGGCCACCGUGUCACCCUCACUUACAACCUCGCACUAACGCCCGCGACCCUCCCGGACGUCGUCGGCAGCCAGACCGCGGUCGACAGCGAGACCUUCGUCCGCGACACCUUGACACAGCUACUGGCAGAGUCCAGUUUCUUACCGAAGGGCGGUCUCCUGGGUUUCGGACUGCAGUAUCCCUAUCCGCCGGCGUACCCGCCGUGCCCCGACGACCGUGAACGGACGAAAAGUAUUGGAAGAAUGAUGGGUUAUCUGCAAGGCCGCGACGCCAUGGUCAAGCGAGUGUGCGAGGCGCUGUCGCUGCCCGUCCGCCUUAAGCUGUGCACCCAGGGCGAGCUGCGCCUGCGGCGCCACCCCGAUCGGCCGCGGGAGCAUUUCCCAGGGGCCGUGCUGACGGAGCGCGUCAUGCAGUUCCAAGUUCUCUACGAUUUCGACGGUGAGGAGUUGUUUGAUCUCAUGGCGGAGGAAGAAGGGGCGAUUGUGCUGUUGCCCGAGGAGAUUGAUCCGUACGAGCUGGAUGACGAGGAGGAAUACCGUCUCGCGGACAAACUGCGGGAGCGGGUCGCGGCAAUCCACUGGAUUACCGAGCUGACGCAGCACAACGUCACUCGGACGCCGUACGCCAUGAGGGAUCACAAGCGGGCGUCGUAUGAGUACUGCAGUGGGACCAUGUGUCUGGUGGCGGCCGUUGGCCCGGCGGGUGACCGACAGGCGGUGUUCCGGUCUCCUUUGUCAUCGUCGGACGAGCGGCCCGAUGGGUCGCAUGCCGAUGCCGAUGGACGGACCCUUCGGGACUUGUUUGCGCCCGUGGUAUCUAAUUAGGCUGCGAUCAUACUACUUGUGAAGCGAGAAGCGGCUCAUAUACAGCGACAAAGUAUUUCAAAGGAUUUCAACGUACUUAUUGCGCCGUGGUGCAGUGGUGCUGCCUACGCGGAUCUAACGACGUGCUAACGACGCAUUAGCACUGCACUAGGCCCACUCGACACGCACUUUAAGUGACUUCUAACAAGCUCUAUUGUCUUUUUCGAACUUUCUUUGAAUCACUAACGCCUGGCUCAAGGUGAUCCGCGCUCUAGGCAAACACAUUCUUCGGAUGAUACUGUAGCGAUAGAAGUUGUACAACCAUAAGACCACCCAGUUAUGAUUCAUCAUUGCGUUAUGAGUAUCUGUCCAUUUUACCGGCUAGCUGUUCUUCACAAUU